AUGUCGACUCAAAGGCCCAACCAGUAUAGCGCGAUACCGCGCUACACCGGCGCAUCCUCAACUCCUCGACCUCAGCCACCUGCGUCGUCUGCACCAUCAAGAGCGACACAGCUCGGCAUAGGCCUCGGUCGAGGCGCUGGCGGCCUUGGAAAAAGCCUUCUUGGGCGCCCCAAAUCCCACAUGAAACGACACAUGAAGAUUCAGAGAGAUAGCAUUCAUGGCAUUACCAAUGGCGAUAUCAGACGACUAGCGCGCCGUGGUGGCGUUAAGCGCAUAUCUGCUCUAGUAUACUCUGAUAUUCGCCAGGCGCUGCGCGACCGGUUGGCACGGGUUCUCAAAGAUAUUUGCGCUAUUAUUGAUAGCAGUGGCAGGAAGACGGUUUCUGUUACUGAUGUUGUGUUUGCGCUGCAACGGCUUGGGAACCCGAUUUAUGGCUUUGAGCCGUCGUUUCUUCGUCAACGGUAG